CACCGACUCAACAUCUCACAAGAACAUCAGGGGGUGCUCAGAGGGACCCCCUAUACACUCACCCUGCACAUCCCCCAGAAUCCCCGGCCGGCCCACGUGGACUCGUACAUCUCCACCCAUCCAUCUGCUACCAGCCUUCCCCUCUACAAAGGGCGCGCUCAAAGGAUACCGCCGACUCAUCCCGUCAGCCACAACGUCCCCUGCUCCACCUUCUCACCCACACCAGCCGAGAGGGCACCGGCGAGUCCCAUCACCAUGGACAACCCCCCGCUCGCCUCCCCCAUACCCACCCGACCCAAUGCCCCCGACUCUCCCUUCCCCCCGCCGCAACUCGACUGCCCCCGCAUCGCCCCCGCCCCCCACCAGCUCGCGCACCAGCGUCGUCAUGGGCGGCUUCAGCCCCGUCCCAUCCCACCAGACCCUCCCUGCCGUCCCCGAGUCCAUCUCCACCUCCCCCCGAGCCCCCCAGCUGCCCCUCAACACCCAGGCCGCAAACCUGAUCCGCAUGAACUCGUUUGCGCCACAGGUGUCGACCCCUGUUGACCAGGUCUACAGCUUUGCAGACGAGAGCCCGAGAUUACUGCAGCACUCGCCCAGGGCGAACGCUGCUAAUUUGGGGAGCGACUACCUGCCCAGGUCGAGGCGGAACUCGGCUGCGAUCGUGUCCAUCUCGUUGAGCUCGCGCUCGCGGUCACGCACGCCACAGGGGAGUGUGAAUGUGCCACCCGGCACCCACACCGCCCAUGGCACGCCCAGCAAAAAGUACACGGAGGAGCCUGUCGAGAUGUCUGAUUCUUGGGCGCCGGGCGUGGAAGAAAUGGACGACUGGCAGCCCACCGGUGGGAUGCUGCUUGAUCAUGGCGAGGAUGAGGUGGCAAGGGUCGAGAGUCAGGUGGAUGACGACAAGGUGGGGCAGACAUGGAGUGGAGACUCGGAUGCGUCGAGGAUUGUGGAGGAUGUCUUGACGCAUGGCAUGGUCAUUGGCGAAGGCCUCAAGUUUCAGGGAGAAGUCAUUGUCCCCGCAGUGUCGAGGAUGGCUUUGGCCGAUGGGAGCGAUGUAGGGUUGCCACUCAGAAGAGGCGGGAGUGAGGCGACAAAGGUCUUGAGGACGGAUGGCAGGACGGAGAAGAAGCGAUACGAGGUCGUGAGGAGGUUGGGGACUGGAAGUUAUGCUGUGGUGUAUCUCGUCAAGGAGCGUGGUGGCAAGAGGGAGUUUGCUCUGAAAUGCCUCAGUAAACACGAUCUGGCUGACGAGCAGCUCGAAACGCAACUGUUUGAAGCGCACAUCCACCUCUCUUUGCCUAUCCAUCAGAACAUUGUCACUUUGCAUCAGACGCUCCAAACACGGAAAUGGCUGUUUUUGAUGCUGGAACUUUGUCCCGGAGAAGACCUCUUCUACUGGCUGGAAAAAUCCCGUGACGCCUCUCCUAAACCCAACCAUGCUCUUCUGCCCGAGGACCAAUUCUCAUCAUCCAAACUCUCCUCUUCAUCGAUCCCCUUUUCAUCGUCUCAAAUGUUCUCCAAUCUCAACAGCAUGUCAUUCUCUCAAUCCCCCGGCGCUGCGUUUUCGCAAAAUCACUCGCAAUUCGGCGCUUCACCUGCCUCGUUCAUCUUUGCGCAUCAUAAUGGCGGGUCCCACGGAUCUCAUUUCAUGCCCUCUCAAACGCCCCCCACCCCCUCACUCCUCUCUGCAUUCUCCGCCAACACCCUCCUGUCCCAACGUCGUCUUCGCCUGAUCGCUUCCAUGUUUUCGCAAAUGUGCGAAGCUGUCGCCGUCUGCCACGAUGCCGGCGUUAGCCACCGGGAUAUCAAGCCCGAGAACUUUAUCUGCUGCGACUCGGUCGAGCUCGAGGCUGCCAAGGAUGGCGACUUUACGGAAGAUGAUCAGUUUGGACCGGGGGCCAAGCCGUUGGUAGACUUUGGGCCGCAGGCAAAGAGAAAGGUGGUCGUCAAGUUGACCGAUUUCGGGUUGGCGACGACAGAGAGGGAGAGUGGGGAUGUCGAGUGUGGCAGCAAACCUUACAUGUCUUAUGAAUGCCGAAACAAUCUCGGCCCCACCUACUUUCCCGCUCCCGCCGACGUCUGGUCACUCGGUAUCGUCCUCAUCAACAUGCUCUUUCACCGAAACCCCUGGAAAGACCCCACACCCGGCGACCCCAACUUUGACUCCUUUCUCAACGACCCCAUCGCAUUCAUCCUCACAAAGUUUACCGGUAUCGGCCGUGAAGUCGCGUCAUACUUGGCCGACCAUGUGCUGUGCAUCGACGUCGACGAGAGGGUGGAUGCGAGAGAGUUUGCGAGGUGGGUCAAGGGCUUGCCAGAGAUGAUUGGAGGGAGAAAGGCGAUGCAGGCGAUGAAGAUGUCGAGGUUGGAGACGCAAAAGACGGCUGGUGGGCAAGGUCCAUUGGACAAGGGUGUCUUUAUGAAGAGCCCCAUUGACCAAGUCGACCGGCCGCGAAAGUACUCGACCUCGGCUUUGACGUCUACCGCGCCAGGGAUCAGCUCGUCUCCUCGACUGUCCGACCUUCCUCCACCAAGUAGUCUUGUCGAACAACCAGAGGAAGAGCGCGAGUCAAGCAGCACGCCCUCGCCCGAAGCUACCCUUCCCACCCCACCUCUCGAGCCGGAUAUGGCUUCGGCAACGACGUCAGCUACGCGCGAUGAGCAGACCACCCCGGUAGAUGCGAGCAACUUUGCUUCGCCCUCUGAUUACGCCCCCAGCUCUGCUGCGCUAGGGGCGGAUGAGGAUGACAGGGACUGCUCACGGGAUAGAGGUGAUGCCGAUUCGCGCUCGCUUUCCACUCACAAGAGGAGGAAGCGUGGGGUGAGGAAGGGCAAGGCGGCGCAAGCUGCUGCUGCUGCCGCGGCCGACCCUCUGACUCAGGCCGCUCGAGAUGAGCUUUUGAAGGAGCUCGCAUCCGCGUCCCAGUCCCUCGCACGCGAAAUGUCCAAACUUCAUACGCCGAGUGUGGAUGUCAACCGCAUCGAAGACUUCCCGCCGCUUGGUGUCACGGCCGCUCAAGUGGCUGCCGAGAAGAAGAGCAAGUGGAAGGACAUGAUCAAGCUGAGCAGCCAAGGUAAUCCCGAGCUGGCGGCUUUGGCACAGAGAAUGAAGGACAGGGACGCGGAUGGCAGUAUGAACUUGAGUGCGCCGGCAAAGCUGCAGGGUGGCAAGAACGGCGGGCAGGGAGGCGCGAGCAGGCGACAUGCCUAUACCCAAGCAACAAUGAGCUCGGGCGCAAGCAGCGGAAUCUCGAGCUUUGGACAAGCGUCCAGUGCCACUAGCGUGGGUGAAGAGGAUAAGGAUUAUGCACAGAGAGGCAGGGACAAGAAGAACCAUGGCCAGGAUGAGGAGGCACGGGCCAAGAAGGCGGAGGCGGCUGCAGCUGCCAUCGCCGGUGCUAUGGGUCCUAUGGGGUCUUUCGGACGUCCUAGUCAUAUGGCACCGAGACACGCCCAUACGACUGGGUCGACGGGGCCAACCUCGAGUCUUGUGCACAGCUCAAAACCCAUCACCUUUACGUCUCCUCCUCCCGCUCACUCUCAGCCUCUGUCAGCCGAGAAGCCGCAACCCAUUCCUGCUCAGACCUACAAAGGUUACCCUUCAGCCUCGCCGACUUCCAUCAAGCCCAGUCUCUCGUCUGUUGAUAGCUCAACAACUAUCCGGACUAUGACGGGUACUGCAGGCAGGUCGACUGCUGCCACAGAGUCGGUCAACUCGAUGUCGUCGGGAGCGACGACCGUCAUGGGAGAGAGUCCUGACCAUGCCACGUCACCGAACAAACCCAAGUUGAAGGGUCAGAUCAGUUCGUUGGCCAAGAUGCUGUCGGGGCUCAAGACCAAGGGGAAAGAGUGAGAAGUCUACGCGUGAGCGAAGAGUAUGGUUUCAACAACCCCAACGUAGGAGGAAGCGUGUUUGGCGAGAGAAGGUCGGCGACCUGUUAUUUUUACACUACCCACUCCACUCUUUCUUUGAUUCUGGGUAAGCAUAUUGUACGAUAGUCAUCUGGGGAUCUUCUCCCUUUUCUGCAGCAUGCCGGCGAUAGCAAGGAGGUAUAUACUUUGUCUUCAUCGGAGUUCAUCGGAGGAACGAGGUAGCACAUGCAUGUAACAGAUAGAAUUAGUA